CCGCGCCCUCCGCCCCGACCCGGGCCCCGCCAUGUCCUUCUUCCGGCGGAAAGCCAGAGGCAGAGAGCAGGAGAAGACCUCGGACGUCCCGUCGGGGAAAGCUUCAAUAUCCGUACAUUCCCCACAAAAAAGCACCAAAAACCAUGCCUUGCUGGAGGCUGCAGGACCAAGCCCCGUGGCGAUCAGUGCCAUCUCUGCCAACAUGGACUCCUUUUCCCGGAGCAGGACAGCCACGCUCAAGAAGCAGCCGAGCCACAUGGAGGCCGCUCAUUUCGGGGACCUGGGCAGAUCUUGUCUGGACUACCAGGCUCAAGAGACCAAAUCCAGCCUCUCGAAGACCCUUGAGCAAGUCUUGCGCGACGCUGUCGUCCUCCCGUAUUUCAUUCAGUUCAUGGAACUUCGGAGAAUGGAGCAUUUGGUUAAGUUUUGGUUAGAGGCUGAAAGUUUCCACUCGACAACGUGGUCGCGAAUAAGAGCCCACAGUCUGAACACGGUGAAGCAGAGCUCGUUGGCGGAACCCGUCUCUCCAACUCAAAAGCACGAAACUGCGGCUGCUCCUGUAACCGAGUCCCUUGACCAGAGGUUGGAGGAGCCGAGCUCCGCCCAGUUGCUCCUAACUCAGUCCGAAGGAAUCGACCUGACUGACAGAACUAGCAACACUCAGAAUCACUUGCUGCUCUCCCCGGAAUGUGACGGCGCCCGUGCUCUCCACCCGGCAGCGGCCCGGACAGGGGCGCGUCGGGCUUCCCUGGAACCCCAGGAGUCCUGCAGACUUACCGUGGCCAGUAGAAAUAGUCCCUCUUCUCCCCUGAAGGAGGUGUCAGGAAAAUUAAUGAAAAGCAUAGAACAAGAUGCAGUGAACACCUUUACCAAAUACAUAUCUCCGGAUGCUGCUAAACCAAUACCCAUCACAGAAGCCAUGAGAAACGACAUCAUAGCGAAGAUUUGUGGAGAAGACGGGCAGGUGGAUCCCAACUGCUUCGUUUUGGCGCAGUCGAUAGUCUUCAGUGCCAUGGAGCAGGAGCACUUUAGUGAGUUUCUACGAAGUCACCAUUUCUGUAAAUACCAGAUUGAAGUGCUGACCAGUGGAACUGUUUACCUGGCUGACAUUCUCUUCUGUGAGUCAGCCCUCUUUUAUUUCUCUGAGUACAUGGAGAAAGAGGACGCGGUGAAUAUCUUACAGUUCUGGCUGGCAGCAGAUAACUUCCAGUCUCAGCUUGCGGCCAAGAAGGGCCAGUACGAUGGACAGGAGGCCCAGAACGAUGCCAUGAUUUUGUACGACAAGUACUUCUCCCUCCAAGCCACACAUCCUCUUGGAUUCGAUGAUGUGGUCCGAUUGGAAAUCGAAUCCAACAUCUGCAGGGAAGGUGGGCCCCUGCCUAACUGCUUCACCACUCCAUUACGUCAGGCCUGGACCACCAUGGAGAAGGUCUUUCUGCCUGGCUUUCUGUCCAGCAGCCUCUAUUACAAGUAUCUGAAUGAUCUCAUCCAUUCGGUGCGUGGAGAUGAGUUUCUGGGAGCGAGUGCUUCUCUGGCAGCUCAGGGCUCCGGCGGCCCCCCUGAUGACCCGCUGCCAGGGGCUUCGGACCCCUCGGCGUCCCAGUCCAGUGUGAAAAAAGCCAGUGUUAAAAUUCUGAAAAAUUUUGAUGAAGCGAUAAUUGUGGAUGCUGCAAGUCUGGACCCAGAAUCUUUAUAUCAACGGACAUAUGCAGGGAAGAUGACUUUUGGAAGAGUGAGUGACUUGGGGCAGUUCAUCCGAGAGUCGGAGCCUGAACCUGACGUCAAGAAAUCUAAAGGGUCCAUGUUCUCACAAGCUAUGAAGAAAUGGGUGCAAGGAAAUAGUGACGAGGCCCAAGAAGAGCUGGCCUGGAAGAUUGCGAAAAUGAUCGUCAGUGACGUCAUGCAGCAGGCCCAGUGUGCGCAGCCGGGGGAGACCUCUGCCAAG